GUUGCAGUGUUUUACUUACUCUAUUGUGCUGUGAUUUGUGAUGGCGCUAAAUUGGUACGCAUUAGCCACCGGAACUCGGACGCAAGUUUGCAUUUUACGGUGUACUCAACCAACGUAUACAGUUAGCGUUCUGAUGAGCACUGCAAAGUCAGAAAGCAAUGUAGUGGAAAGGAAGACUGCGCCUGAAAGAACUGGAUUUUUUACGAAAUUGAUGUACCGCUUCCAAGGAAUCCCACUGAAGGAUGAAUCGCAUGCCCCGAUAUCUUUCAUGAGAGAUAUCGGGAAACAUUAUGUUCCGCCACCUUUACCAGCGCUACCGAAAGAUUUCAAGGAAUAUCCGGAACGUGAUCUGGUGAAUUAUCCAUAUCCUGUAAAGCGUAUGUAUGCGCCGAAGUUGCGGCUUAUGAUUAUACCAGACAAAUUUAUGAAUGAAUUUCAUAAAUACACAGGAACGUCUGGGCCAUAUGUAUUCUUCACGAUGCUUUAUGCAUUUCUGCAUACGAAAGGGCUAUUCGAGAUUGCUCACGAUAGGGUGAAGAUCUUAGUCCUGCUAAUCUAUUACUACAUAUUCUCCAGGGCUUUCAACUAUCGAUGGGAUAAAUAUUUUUAUGAAAAUCGUAAGGAAGCCGAGAAAAAGUACCUAGAUAUCAUCGACAAUAACUUCAAGGCAAUUCGAGAUGUUCAGGAGACAUCAAAAGCUGAGAAAAGUGCUUAUGCAGCGAUGAAAGAGUAUUAUCCAGCAAUCUUUAAAGAAAAUUUGGCCCUUCAACUAGAAUCAACCUAUCGAAGAAAUGUAGAGAGAUUGGCUACUGAAAUGAAACGUCGUCUUGAUUAUUUGCAAGAAACGGAAGCUGUGAAACAUAGUUUCGCUCGUGACCAUAUGUUAAAAUGGAUUAUCAAUUCGGUCCAAUCGGAAAUAAUGGCUAAUAAGGAGAACAUCAAAGAAAAUUAUAUAGAUGCCUGUAUUGAACAGCUCAAAGGACUUUCUUUACAACGAUGAGUAGAGUUCCAUUUUUUUUCUCUGUUGUAUAUGUGUAGGAUGUUUAUGGUUUUGUCAGAUGGACAUUAGAGCUAUUAUACACUAAGAUAUAAUCUUGAUAGGUCCUAAUGAGGUGUCCGAAUGUUUUGAUGUUGGUGGGAUCAGAUGAUAAAAAUUGGUAAGAAGGAUUAUUCAUUAGUACACAUGAAUUACAUGAUUUCCUGUGUUGAUGAAUAAAGUUUUCC